AUGGACUCGAUAAAACCGUUUGUCGAUUCUGUUAUUGAAACAGCUCUGAAUGAAGUACAACAUGUAGAUGUUAAUCGAUUAAAAAUUGAUACUAAUGAUCCAAAUUUUAAAAAUGAUCCAUUUUAUUGUGAGACUAUGCGUAAUUUGAAAGAUAGUGUUCCAGAUGAACCACCGGUGUCAGUACGCGGCCUGGUAGCCUCAAUUAUACAGUCAUCAUUAUAUCGUGUAUAUGAAAAGGAUUUAUUAGACAAUAGACUAAAUUUUAAAGUCAGUGAUCAGGACAGUUUAUCUGAAAAUUUAUCUCUUGACGAAAUCUCCGACGAGUGGGAGCAGCUGCAUUGUAAACCUGAAACUGCACAAGAAAUCACCAAUAAAAUUGUUCUUACAGAUACAUCUCAACCAUCUCCUAAUAUACAGUGGCCUACUAUUGCAGAGUUUACUUGUGAAUUGGGAGUUAAGAAAAUAGAAGAAUAUAUUAAGGGUUGGGAAGUAAAUAAAAACUGGCUUUACUGCAUCGAUAUUUUACCUAAAGUGGAACUAAAAUAUGAAAUUCAGUACAAAUAUCGAGUGAAAUGGAGCAUGCCAUGCAGACGAUCGCCUAUACCAAAGGCUACGGCAUCUGUUUACUUCACUCUUCGAGUGUCUCGAAUAAAACCAAAGAAUACUGUGAUUGACGUCCAUUACCAGAUUGAAACAUUUCGUACAUUACAUAUACCUGGAAAAUCUCGAUUUUCUGAAAGAUGGUUAAGAGAUGUAAUCAACAGCAAGGUACGGCUAAUGUCAUAUGUUAACUUCUAG